UUGAACUCGGAAUCAAAAUCGGUUUCUUUUAUUUGGCUUCGCCGAAAAAGAAAAGCAGCAGCUGAACAGCGGCCCUGAUCGGCGCCGGAACAAUUGGGCAGGGAAAUGGAGGAUCACAGAGAUCUUCUCAGGGACGCGUUUGGCGAAUCAUCCGACAGCGAAGACGACGACGAUUUGCAAAAACGAGAAAUCCCCUCGCAAGAUCCGAACAACGGCGCUCACGAGUCAAUCUUUGAGAAAAACCCUAGUUGGGAACGAAUCAGUGAAAUCAAGGGCUUAUCUCUUUGCAGAGACUUUUUAUCUCCUCACCGGCAAUCGUCACUGCUCGCUGCGAUUCACAACGAAGGAUGGUUCACUGCACCCUCUCACAACCAGGCUAUGAGAUUUGGAGACCUUCCCAAAUGGGCAAUUGAACUCGUUAAUUUAAUUCGUGAGGUGGUGCAUUUUAGUGAGGAUGCUUCUGAAUAUGUGGACAUAAUGGCUUACGAUGAAGAUAAAGAAGUUUCCAUUUUCCCAUCAAAUCUACUUUGGAGAGAGCCUUUGUUCGACCAACUAAUUGUAAAUGUAUACCAACCAGGUGAGGGAAUUUGUUCACACGUUGACCUUUUGCGCUUUGACGAUGGAAUUGCCAUUGUCUCGCUAGAGUCAUCUUGCGUGAUGCACUUCUCCCGGGCUGAAAGUGAAGAUAGCAGUUGCAAUGUAAAUGAAUCAGAAACAUCCACGAAUAUCCCCGUGUACUUGAGCCCGGGAUCUCUAGUCUUGAUGUGGGGAGAAGCCCGCUACCUGUGGAAGCACGAGAUAAAUCGCAAGCCAGGUUUCCAGAAAUGGGAGGGGAAAGAUAUUGAUCAGAAACAGAGAACCUCCAUAACUCUGAGAAAGCUUUGCCACAACGAGAAUGAGUAAGACGGGCGGGCAUUCAAAUAGUCUUGUUUGCUUCAUCUUCACUCUUUUCAUGUUUUGGCUCGUCCCUGUGGUUUUAGUAUAUGUAGUAUUGAGGGAUUGUUUUUGAGGGAUUCAUCUUCAUCUUCAUCAUCAGAUCAAUCGAAUUCAUAGUCACACAAAUGUACAAUCACCUGAUUUGAUCAAAUGAUAAUAUUAGAUAUUAUCAAGUUUGACCUUGAA